GCCAAACGUCAACAGCCAAAGGAACUCAGUUUCAUAUAAAACAUAACCACUCGACACACUUCUUACCUCACACUUUCUUCCUAUUCUUUCUUUCCUUCACUUCUAUACCACUAGACAAGCCCUCAACAACAAUGUCUCAUCGUCACACCUUCACCGCACUCAACCAGAGCUUCAUCGUCGACUCAGAGUACGACUUUGUCAAGGAACUCGGCCAGGGUGCCUAUGGAUGUGUCGUCGCUGCACGCCAUCGUCGUUCAGGCGAAGGGUGCGCAAUCAAGAAGAUUACCAAUAUCAACACAAAGCGUAUCCUAACCAAGCGCUGUCUGCGGGAGAUCAGGCUGCUCCACCACUUUAGGGGGCACAAGAACAUCACUUGCUUGUAUGAUAUGGAUAUCGUCUAUGAGCCCAAUGGCGACUACAACGAGGUCUACCUGUACGAGGAGUUGAUGGAGGCAGAUCUGCAUGCGAUCAUCCGAUCCGGUCAGCCGCUUUCCGACGCCCACUUCCAGUCCUUUAUCUACCAAACCCUCUGCGGGCUCAAAUACAUCCACAGCGCGAAUGUGCUCCACCGCGAUCUCAAGCCGGGCAACCUUCUCGUAAACGCCGAUUGUGAGCUGAAGAUCUGCGAUUUCGGACUGGCGAGGGGUUGGCAGCCCGGACCGGGCACACAGCAGCACAGCAAUAAGGGCCAGCAGGGGUUCAUGACUGAGUACGUCGCGACGAGGUGGUAUCGUGCGCCAGAGAUCAUGUUGAGCUUUGCUAAUUACGGGCCGGCAAUCGAUAUCUGGAGUGUGGGAUGUAUAUUUGCGGAGCUUUUGGGUGGCAAGCCCAUCUUCAAGGGCAGGGACUAUGUCGACCAGCUCAACCAGAUCCUGCACUACCUCGGCACGCCGUCUGAGGACACGCUGCGUCGCGUCGGCUCCCCCAGGGCGCAGGACUACAUCCGUUCCCUGCCUAUCAAACCCCGUAUCCCCUUCCAAUCCCUCUACCCGCACGCAAACCCUCUGGCUAUCGACCUCCUAAGCCAGAUGCUCUGCUUCGACCCUGCCAAGCGUAUUUCCUGCGAGAAGGCGCUUGAGCACCCGUACCUCGCCGUAUGGCACGAUACGGCGGACGAGCCGCUCUGCAGCCAGACGUUCGACUUUGGUUUCGAAGAAGUAGACGACAUGCCAGGGAUGAAGCAGCUCAUUAUAGAGGAAGUAAACUCCUUCCGCGCCCUGGUGCGUUCCCAGGCUAGGCAGCAACUGCAAGCCAGGAAACAGGACUCGCUCCCUAUUCCGAGCAGGGACGAUAUCCUUGCCAGCCCUGUGGUCGAAAACGAUGGUACGAGUGGAUAUACGUUCCCCCACCCUAGUGCGCCCGGCCCGAGCGGAGGGAUGGUCGAAGAGCCCGGGGCGGAGCUGGACAAGGAACUCGGAGCGUAUGGACAGCGUUGAGCGCUGUUUGUCCGAUUUGCAAUGGACUGGUAUUUUGGCAGGUUCCAGAUUUGGGAGAAGCGCGCCGCGGACGAGGUUGGACUGAUAUUUUAUGAGAAGGAGAGGUCUAAGACUGAACAAGAAUGAGAACGAAGCGCAGUGAAGCGUUGCAUGAGUACGAUUGAAGCAAGUAGGCGAAAGAUGUUAUGUAUUGUUUGACUGAGAUCCGUUGUCUGAUAUUGAUACACCCUGUUUGGCAUACCUUGGAGUUCAGUCAGCGCGCGUUGGGUACAUUGCCCGAUGUUCGGAGGAUGGCCCCACCUGUCGAGGUGGUUAUAGGUAAGCUCGAAGCAUGCACUGAAACUUGAGAAGUCAGACAGCUUCGUGCCUGAAGUAACCAUACUGUGCCAGAAGCGAUGUAAACUCCGUGGUGCUCCGACACCAGCCAACCAGCCCUGUCCACGAGACUUGGGGGUUGUAGCUGCCCAUGCGCGGUUUGGACUACGAAGAAUGGUGCUUUCAGAUGUCACAUGACUGUUACAUGAAUGAGGAUAGAUUCAGCAACAUAGAGGGGUGUAAUCGAAUUCUUUUUUAUUGAAUUUGGCUCAUUCGGAAAUUUCGGACUGGCAGAAGGCCGCAGGACUGGGGUCCAAUUACACAACAGUCAGAGUGGUGCUGACAAUAUCAACGCCAGGCAUGUCGCUGGCCCCAAUAACAAAGAAAUGACCAACAGCUAACUGGACCUCACCGGUGAUACCCUCUGGAAUGGUGACCGUAACGUUGCCAUAGUAAUUGCAUGCUUCGGGAUCGGUGCGUUGUCCGUAGGCCGCGUGGAACGGAGUCACAAAUAGAGACGUGCCCAGGCCAUUGUCGUUUGACGCAGGGAGACAGUUACCAGAUGGGCAGGGACGGUAAGCGAGAGCUAGCCCGACGUCCGUCCAGCCGGAGGUGCUAUCGGCUUCAUUCAGGCUGACCGUAAAUGGCUGGCCAGCUGUGACGGUCGUCCCCACCGGGGGAUAGCAGAACUGCAUGUUCUGAGCAACUGCGGUAGCGGCAAAUGCAAGAAUAGAGAGUGUGAAAAGCAUUGUGACGUUGAAGGACGAGGAGGCUCUGAUGAACGGAGUGAGAUGCUGGAGGACUGUGCUCUCAAGCGAAACUCCCAGCCAGGUUUUAUAGAGAAAGUGUCCCACAGGCGAGCAAGCGAUGCACAGCUCAUUCGCACCAAGCAUGACAAUCGAGGGCCUUGGACUCUUGAGCAGACUCCGACAUCCCCGGUGAGAAGGCGGACGGUCGGGCAAACAAGUGGUACAGAUUUUCCGCAUGUAGAAUGCAGUCAUCGC